ACACAGACUGUAAUGACAAAGUAAAUACCUCAGUGACCCUUCCAAGGACAGUCAGAAGGGGUUGAGGACUCGGAGGAGAGAGUCACUGACUGUUUACACAGAGAAGGCUGUUUACAGAAAGGACACAGCAGUUGGAGGGUUUGCAAAAGUAACAAGCGGUUAUUAAGCUGAGAUUUAGAGGCAACAUUUUUUAACUUGGUAUCCAGUGAAGCUUACGAAAAGAGCCACCAUGAAGCUGAAGUUACCAAACCCGGGACUGGAUGAUAGAAUCCCUUCUCACGGAGACCUGGAGAAGAUGGAGACGGACGAGGCUGGAGACAGACCCCAAUGGGACAACAAAGCCCAGUAUCUGCUCACCUGUGUGGGCUUCUGUGUGGGGCUUGGUAACGUAUGGAGGUUCCCAUACCUGUGUCAAAGUCAUGGGGGAGGAGCGUUUAUGAUCCCGUUCCUUAUCCUGCUGGUUCUGGAGGGAAUCCCACUGCUGCACUUAGAGUUUGCCAUCGGUCAGCGUCUGAGAAAAGGCAGCGUGGGCGUAUGGAGAUCCAUCAAUCCUUACUUAACAGGAGUUGGCAUUGCAUCCAUGCUCGUGUCUUUUUUGGUGGGUGUUUACUACAACACCAUUAUGGCCUGGAUCAUGUGGUAUCUCUUCAACUCUUUUCAAGAUCCUCUGCCCUGGAGCCAGUGUCCACUCAAUGCUAACAAGACAGGAUAUGUGGAGGAGUGCGCACGAAGCACCACUGUUGACUACUUCUGGUACAGAGAAACUCUGAACACUUCAGAAGCUAUUGAAGAUUCUGGAGUUCUUCAGUGGUGGAUGGUUCUAGCCCUCAUAGCUGCCUGGACUGUGCUUUAUGUCUGCUGCAUCAGGGGCAUUGAGACAACCGGCAAGGCUGUGUACAUCACCUCUACUUUGCCAUAUCUCGUCCUCACCAUCUUCCUCAUCCGGGGACUAACUCUUAAAGGCUCUACAGAAGGAAUUAAAUACCUCUUCACACCUGAUGUAAAUGAAUUACUAAAUCCUUCAACCUGGCUGGAUGCAGGAGCCCAAGUAUUCUAUUCCUUUUCCCUGGCUUUUGGAGGUCUCAUCUCCUUUUCCAGUUACAACUCUGUGCACAACAACUGCGAGCAGGACGCCAUUCUCAUCUCUAUCAUCAAUGGCUGCACCUCCGUGUACUCGGCAACAGUCAUCUACUCCAUCAUCGGUUUCAGGGCCACUCAGAAAUUUGAUGACUGCAUGGGAGACAAUAUCUUGAAGCUGAUGAAUGUGUUUAACUACCCUGAGAACAACAUCACUGAAAGCAAUUACGACCAAGUUCUGACUCUGUUCAACAACACCAAUCCGGAUAUCAUCCAAGGAUUGGACUUACAGACCUGCGAUUUGCAGACUUUCCUUAGUCAGGGUGUGGAAGGAACAGGACUGGCCUUCAUCGUGUUCACAGAAGCCAUCAUAGAGAUGCCGGUUUCUCCACUUUGGUCUGUUCUCUUCUUUGUCAUGCUCUUCUGUCUUGGCCUCUCAACUAUGUUUGGGAGUAUUGAGGGUGUUAUAGCUCCUCUACUGGAUCUUAAAUUGCUACCCAGGUCUUGGCCCAAAGAAGUAAUCAGUGGUCUGACAUGCUUCAUAUCUUUAGCUCUUGGACUCAUAUUUGCUCUUCGCUCUGGAAACUACUGGUUGGCUCUUUUUGACAACUUUGCAGGCUCUAUACCCCUUCUGGUCAUAGGCUUUUUUGAAAUGAUCUCAGUUGUCUACAUCUAUGGCAUGGAUAGGUUUAAUAAGGACCUUGAGUUUAUGAUUGGCCACAAACCCAAUAUCUUCUGGCAAGCUGCGUGGAGAGUGAUUAGCCCCCUCAUCAUGAUUAUCAUUCUGAUUUUCUACUUUGUUACUCAAGUCACAAAGAAAUUCACCUAUCUGGUCUGGGACCAGAAAUCGGAGAACUUCCCCACCCUUGCUGAGCGGUCCUACCCAUCUUGGGUGUAUGUCAUUAUCUUUAUCUUGGCUGGAGUUCCCAGUUUGGCUAUCCCCUUCUUUGCCCUUUACAAGCUCAUACAGAGGAAGUGCUGCAAAAAAGACUACAAUGACAGUACAGUGGACACAAUCUCUGCCAAAAUACAAAUGAGUGACAAAAUUAAGUUUUAGAUAAACAUACUAAUUUUGGAUAUUUUAUUUCAAUGAACUUGUAAAUUAUGUUUAUUUGACUUUUCUGGUGCUUUGUAAUGAUACAACAAUAUGCUGAUGACCGACUGUUAUCUUUGAAAGGCUAAGGAUAAGGCCAAUACAUAUUCCACAAGAACAGAGAAAUUUGUUCUCUCUGCCAGGGCUGCAAGAACAAAGUUCUUUCAGGUCUGGACAUUUGAUACUUCACAUAACUUGUGUGCAGAACUACUAGGAAGUCUUCAAAGGUCUCUCCCACUGCAGCACACUACCUUCAUAUUUCUCUGACACCACACAAGAAAAAAGUCUGCCGAAAAUGUGUCAAGAACAAGUUGCAAGAACUCUAAAGAGAGGGAGUUCUUGCAAAAGAGAAAAAAUAUUGGGAGAGAAAAUAUUUCUUUGUUCCUGUGGAGUAUGUAAAGGCCUUAGGUUUUUGUGUUUUUAGUGAAGAAAUCAUCAUAUUGUGACAUGCAAUGUCUGCAGUGGAUUGACUUAAUAUUAAAGUAUUAUUUGUAGGUUGUGAAUAACACAGUUUCAUAGUAUGUAAACAUAGUUUGUGUACAACACUGGCACUGCAAAUAGCAUGACCAGCAUGGGUUUGUGCAUAAAGAUGUACUGGUUUUAAUUUCCAUUCUUCUUUUUAUUAAAUAUAUUGCCAUCCAGUUAUAUCUCUGUAUGUCAGCACAAAGUAAAACUUACACUAAUAUGUUGA